AUGGUUGUCGGAAAGAAUGGCGCAAAUCAACAAGAAGAAUCCGUAUAUAAUUUAAUUCCACGUACUCAAUAUCAAGCACCUAAACCAGCUCGUUACGACUCAAAAUUUAAAUCUACUGUUCGUGAUUCAUCACAGAAUCGUAAAUAUGAACAUCGAACAAUGGGUUAUGCUGAAGAACCAUUACCUGAUCCACAACAAUUUCUUAAAAAAAAUACAAGUGAUAAUAAAGCAGCAACAGCAGCCGCUAGUAUUCCAAAAGAUACAAUAUCAUAUAAAGAUCGUUUACCACGUAAAGCACCUGUUCCAAAUAUUCGUGAUGCACCAAAAAUGGGUGCAAGAACAGAAAAAAAUUUUGUUCAAACAAAUGCUCUUGAUGUUGUCAUGACAGUACCAAAAAAACCUGAAAGAAAUAUAGUUGAUGCUCGACAUGGAGAUAAAUAUCCAAUUGAUACAAGUGGUUUAACACCAAAAUACGUAUUUAAAAAAAAUUUUGGUGAAGUACCAGUUUAUAUAAAAAAUCGUCGAGCAGAUAUGGAUAAAGCUAAACAAGAAUAUGAAACAUAUGUUUCGGAUUAUUUUCGUCGAGGAGCUAUGCGUGAAAUGAAUGAUGAUGAACGACAAACAAUUAUUGAUGGUUUGAAAAAACAAUGGGAAGAUGUUCAUCAUGAAUUUCAAACACUUUCGGUUAUUAUUGAUACAAUUCCGAAACGACUACAUAAAGAACGUCUUGAACAUGAAAUGAAAUUACUUGAAAAAGAUAUUGAUUUACUUGAAAAACAUCAAGUUAUUUAUAUUGCAGAUUAA